AUGUGCUCAACAAAUUCAAUAUUCACUUUUAUUUUACUCUUUCUUUGUUGUUGUUCAUCGGGUUUUUGUCAACAACCGGUUCGUGUUACAAGAAGUAAGUUUUUUUUGUUUAAUUAGAAAAAUGAAUAAUUUUCAAUUUCUUAAGAUGUGGAAGUGACCGCCGCUGAAGAAAAAGUUAGAGACAAAGCCGGAUAUGAAGCAAUUCGAGAUAUUCAUCGAGAAAUGGAUGAUGAUCAUUCAGGUUCAAUUGAUCGAAAUGAGUCAACAGGGGUAGGUUUUUAUCUAUAAAAGCUUAAAAGUUAUUUUUCAUUUUUUUCCAGUUCAUGAAAGAAGACAUGCAUAUGCGUGGAACAGAAAGAACUCGAAGAGAAAACAAAUUCCAUGGAGAAGAUGACUCGAUAACUGUCGACGAUUUAUGGGAAGCAUGGUUUGAAAGUAAUGAAAGAACUUGGACAAAUGAAAGAGUAAGCAUUUUUAUUUUUUGAGAUAUUCGAAUGAAUUCCACCAUUUCAGCUUGUUGAAUGGUUAUCAACAGAUCUUAAUCUUCCAAUUGUUGCUGAUAUAGCACGACAGAAAAAACUUGAUGGAAAAGUGCUUCCAAGAUUUUCAACUCAAAAUCCUGAUUAUCUCACAAAAGAACUUGGUAUCAAAUCAUCGGUUCAUCGACAAAAACUUCGACUGAAUUCGCUGGAUGUUGUUCUUUUUGGAUAUCGAGAUAAUAACAAUAAAACAAAAGAUAUUCUUCUUGCACUUCUUGUAAGUUUUUUAAUAUUCAAAAUCAUCACUUUCAAAUGAGGUUCUUAUUUAUCACAGGCACUCUUGUUGACAUCUUUGAUAAUUGUGUAUAUUCGACAAAAACAACGAGCACAAAAAAAAGUACACGAACUUUUUACGAAGUUAACUGAACUCAAAAAUAUGGAGUCUGAAUUUGAAACAGUUCAGAAGAAGUUGAACGAUGAGAAAAAUAAAAGGUUUGAUAAAAAUUGAUAACAAUAUGUAUAAUAAAAACAUAUUUUAGAUCAGUUAGCGAUUGCAAUGUUAAUCAAGUCGAAAUGCAAAAUUUGCGGCUGCAACUCGAAGAAGCUGAAAGAAGGUGAGAAAAGAAUUCUUUAAAGGGUUUUGUGAGAGAGAAAAAAAAAUGGUUUUUAGACUGGAAGCAAAUUCAAUCGGAAUUCAUGAAACACCACUCGCACUUCAACCAUUGCUCAGGCGAACUUGUGAAAAUGAAAUGGCGUUUUUGGAAAAACAAAGACAAGAGUGAGUUUUGGAGCAAAAGUAAUAUGUGUGCCAAAAUAUCAUUAUGAAAAAACAAAAAGUUUUUAUUCAAAAAAAAUCUAUGAGUCAAAUUUAAAUUUUCAACUUUUUGGAACCUCUUUGGAUUCUGAGAUGUAAUUUAAAAGCACAAACCACGUUUUCAGAUGUUUCAAAGAAAUGAAAGACGCAAUUGAAAUGGUGGAUCGAUUGCAGAAAAAACAAGGAAGUGUACUUUCCUCGUUGAAAUUGGCAACUGGAGCAGCAUCGACAAGCGAUCAAGUUGACUCGAAAAUUUUUGCGUUGAAGUUAGUUUUUGUCACUUUUUUUUAGUUGCAAACCUCUUAUUUUUAGAAGUCGAAUGGAAAAAAUUCACGGUUUGACACGUGAAACGCAAGAACGAUGGAUGCAAAUCGAAUCACUUUGCGGUUUCUCGAUUCUUUAUACAAAUGGUAAAUCCAAAUAGAAAUUUAAUUAAUUACAAGAGGAAAGCGUUUAUAUUGCAUUUCAAAUAUCAAAAUAAAGUGUGCCUUAAUUUUUAAUGAAAAAAAGUUGAUAUUUUUCCCAUCCCCCGCAAAAAAAAAAUGCAUGGCUUUCGCUUCCAUUUUCAUAGCCAAAUAUUUUCAGAAACCGAACAUAUCAAUCGAGUUAUAACAUCAUCUUCCAAAUUGUUCAAUCAACCUUCAUCAAAUCAUUCUGGUUAGUUUUUUUAAUGUGUUAUGAUUCAUGUAUGCUCAAGUUGGAAGUUUUUGUGAAAAUGCACCAUUUUCAGAUUUUGUAUCGUUUGUUUGUGCGUGUGCAUGUGAAUUUUUCUGGAGUGAUUUUUUGGUCAAUUUUUUAUCCAAAGAAAUAUUUUCCAAGAUUUUUGUUCAAAAUUCAAAAUUUUGAAAAUUAAUCGAGAAUUGAGUGAAAAAUCUUGGAAAACAUUUUUGGAUGAAAAAGUGACCAAUAUUGUGUGUAAUGCUUGUCUUCUCCACAUGUUGUUUUUGUCUUGUCUCACGUGUUUUUUGUUUAGCGCAACUCUCAACAUCUCUCUGCACCCAUAUUCCACCAUCUCAAAAAUCACCUGCACCAAGUUCUUCGUCUUCUGAUUCAAGCUUUAUAUAGAUCCUAUUUUAUUUCAGUGUUGUGUUUAGAUCUCGAACAAUUUUUUUUCUAAAUCUGUUUCUAAUUUUUUCUCUCAAAAUUCAGGAGGUGGAUCAACGUCAUCAGAAUCAGCAUCACAGAGUCGACCUAAAAUAUCGAGUGUAUCCAAUAAUAAAGUGGGUUUUAUUUUCAUUCAAAGGGGAGGGCGGGCUGAGAUGAGCUAAUUUCGAAUGAAAGAGUCUCAGGAAAAAUGCUUCAAAAAAAGGAACUGUUUUCCUCGAGUCCCAGACUUUUGUGUAAAUUUUGUAUUUCAUCAGAUAUUAACUUUGCCUCCCCCUAAUACCUUUCUUCAAAAAUCGUACCUGAAUUUCAAACUAAAUAAUAUCAGAUUCAAAAAUUGAAUGAAAAACAAUCGUCAUCACAUGACUUAGAGGAAGUCGAACAUCAUGAAGAAUUUGCUAGCAUUCAAUUCCAACAAAAAAUGUAGGUUCUUUUUUCUCCAAUUUUCUCUUAUAAACCAUACCAUUUAGGCCAAUUUCAAAAUCACUGGAUAAUCAAUCAACUGUUUCAACAGUCGACUCCUCGAAAAAACGGCGUUCAAUAUUGCCGAAAUUCUUUCGAAAAACAACAUCAAAAGGAAGUUUGAACAAUAAUAGUAUUUCUUCGAAUUAA